AGAGACUCUCCUCAUAAAUCCAGAAGUCUGCAGAACCUCUCAGCAGCUCCUUCAGUCCUUCUGCUCCUCCGAAGGAUCCACCGGCGGUUUUGGUCUCCAAGAAAAAGCGCAUUUCUUUUAUUUGCAGCCGUCAGACUCGGGAACGAGAUGCUCCUUCCUCUGGGAAUCCUGCAGCUGCUGUUGGCUCCGGUGCUCACGGUGCCUGGUGUGGAUCACUGGGACUCAUGGGGUCCUUUUGGAGAAUGCAGCCGCAGCUGUGGCAGCGGAGUGACCAUGAGAACCAGACGCUGUAUCACACUAAGGACGGAUGGAGGACACAACUGUGUGGGACCAGACAAGUCCUACCGCACCUGCAACAUCCAGGACUGUCCCGAGGGGUCCAAGGACUUCCGUGAAGAGCAGUGCUCCCAGUUCGAUGGCACCAACUUCCAGGGGAAACUCUACAAGUGGCUCCCGUAUUACGGAGCCGAGAACGCCUGCGAGCUGAACUGCAUCCCCAGAGGAGAGAACUUCUUCUACCGCCACCGCAGCGCCGUGGUGGACGGGACGUCCUGCCACCCCGGACGGAGGGACGUCUGUGUGGGGGGAGUCUGCAAGCGCCUCGGCUGCGACAACACGCUGGAGUCUGCUCGGCAGGAGGACCCCUGCCUGCAGUGUGGGGGCAACGGACAGUCCUGCCACCGAGUCAAGAACAGCUUCUCCGUGCGCGGCCUCCCCACCGGCUACAACCAGAUGUUCAUCAUCCCCGUCGGAGCCACGACCAUCAGCAUCAGGGAGACAGUGGCCACACGCAACUACCUGGCUAUCAAAAACCUGCGCGGCGAGUACUACCUCAACGGCCACUGGGUGAUUGAGUUCUCCAGGUCGACGCCCAUUGCUGGGACGGUUCUGUACUACCAGCGAGGGGCCGAGGGGGACAACGUCCCUGAAACCGUCAUCGGCCGCGGCCCCACCACCGAACCCCUGGUUGUCGAGCUGAUCAGUCAGGAGCCAAACCAAGGAGUGGAGUACGAAUUUUAUCUUCCCAACGGACGCUCCAGACAAGGCUACUACUGGAGUUUUGGAUCCUGGACUUCCUGCAGCGCAGAGUGUGAUUCAGGGUACCAGUCCCGCUCGGUCUUCUGCACCAUUGACAACGAGUCGUACCCCGACUACCUCUGCGCAUCUCUGCCGAUGCCUCAAACCAACCGCACAUGCAACGCCCAUGCGUGCCCACACGUACGAAGCUGGGAAACCGGAGAGUGGAACGCCUGCUCCAUCACCUGUGGUGGAGGCUCCCAGGUGCGCAGCGUGCAGUGUGUCUCCCAUGAUGCCGCGGGCCCCCGCGUUGUCGAGGACGCCGUCUGCGCCGCCUACUCGGAGGCGCCGCCCACCCUGCAGACCUGCAACAUGCAGGAGUGUGCAGAGUACCAAGUGACCGGAUGGAGCGCGUGCUCCGUGACCUGCGGCCCGGGCGAGCAGACCCGGGAGGUCGCCUGUGUGGGCUCGGCGGGGACGCUCCUGGAGGAGCCCUCCUGCGGCGCCCUGCUGCGCCCGGCCGCCGUGCGACCCUGCGAGACGGCGUCCUGCCUGAGGCAGAUCGGCUGGCACGUCGGGGACUGGGGACUGUGCUCCAGGAGCUGCGGCUCCGGCUCGCGGGAGCGCCGGGUGAUCUGCGCCGACCGAGAGAGGCGCCUGUACCCGGUGGCCCGAUGCGACGCCGAGCCCAAACCCUCCACCGUGGAGCUCUGCAACAGCCAGUCCUGCUACAGGCCGCAGGAGGUUCCCAGCGUCCAGGACACACGAGGACACGACGACCGCGCACAGACGGUCUUCCAGCCUCAUGUGCCGGACCAGGCGACAGCGGAGACGGAGCCGAGACGGGCGAACGCGGUCCACGCCGCGGCCCUCCACUGCAGCCAGUCCUACUACGGCUGCUGCCCGGACGGACGCACCUCAGCCGGGGGCCCCCGGGGUCUGGGCUGCCCACGUGCCCCCGCUCCCGUGCAGCCGCACUGCGUCCAGACCAGUUACGGCUGCUGCCAAGACGGAGUGACGGCGGCUUGGGGCCCCGACAAGGAAGGCUGCGUGGAGCACGCGGCCCCCGCCCCCACAGCCGCUCCUUCUCUUCCCACCGAGAACGCCGCCGGGUGCCGCCUCACCACCUUCGGGUGCUGUUAUGACCGCACCACCCCCGCCGGAGGGCCCAGCGGGGAGGGCUGCCCCGACCCGCCCAACCACGUCGAGCGCUCCAUCUGCUCGCUGCCUCGCGCCGCCGGCUCCUGCAGCGCCUGGGUGCCGCGCUACCACCACGACGCCGCCGCCGGCGAGUGCGUGCACUUCUGGUACGGAGGUUGCCACGGCAACAGCAACAACUUCAUGACCCGGGCGGAGUGCCAGAGGGGCUGCCGGGGACCCGCCAGGAGCCAGCGGGGCCCGGAGCCGGCCCCUCCGGCCGCAGAGCCCACCCCGAGAAGAGAGCCCGGCGCUGGGAGGGCCGCGUCCGGGGGGUCGGCGGCUGGGGGCUCGCGCAGCGCGGGGAGGAUCUUCACAGUCCAGGGGGGAUCGACCGGGGCCACCGGCAGGCGGGCCAAGAGCCCCGCCGACCACGCCCACAGGGCCCGAGUCCUGCUGCGCCCCCCCCGCCGACCUGCCCCGGCCGCCACCGCCGCCGCCGCACAGCACGCCGGCCCCGCGGCGAGUUUGACCCUCGGGGAAGUGACCAUUGGCAAGUCCGACCCGUCCACAGUUGAGGCCUUGGUGGGCCAGACGGCCGUGCUGGCCUGCCGGGUCAGCCCGCCGCCGUCCUCCUCCGUCACCGUGGAGUGGAGAAGAGACGGCGUCCCCCUGUCAACUCGCAGGCAUCACCGGCAGCCCAACGGGUCCCUGCUGGUCGGCCCUCUCUCCCAGCUGGACUCCGGCUGGUUCUUGUGUGUGGCCACUCGUGAGCGGGAGCGAGACCACCGCUACGUUCACCUGUCCGUCUCAGUGGGAUCCCAGCAGGUUCCCACCUUACUGCCCACAGACGGUCCGUUCCCUCGCUUCAGCAUCGAGCGGUCGGGCCCGUCUUCGCUGGAGACGCGAGCCGGACAAACUGCCACGCUGUCCUGCACCGUCGUCCCUCCCUCGGCCCUUCAGUCCGUCAGCGUCCAGUGGAGUAAAGAUGGACACUCGCUCAGUGGCUCCAGGUUCGCCCAACAUUCAGAUGGCGCUCUGACCAUCGGCUCCCUGAAGUCCUCAGACUCCGGCGUCUACACGUGCACGGCGUCCUCGCAGCAGCAGCUGGAGCAGCGGCAGCUGCAGCUCAGGGUCCAAGCCGACCUGAAGAUCACCACGGCUCCCAAUAACAUCCAGGUGCCUGAAGGCACCACGGCGCUGCUCCCCUGCGUGGUGUCAGGAGACAACGUCAACAUAGGCUGGUCCAGAAACGGCAUACCGGUGCGUCCGGACGGUCGUAACAUCCAGACGUCGCCUGACGGCAGCCUGAUCCUGAAUGACGUCAAGCCUCAGGACGAGGGCACGUACACCUGUAACGCUUACACCGGCAUCUACUCGGUGAGCGCCACGGCUGACGUCCGGGUCAUCAAGGCCGCCGAAGGUGACGACGUGCCGGCGGAUUGCGUGGACCAGCCCGAGCUCGCCAACUGCGAGCUGAUCGUUUAUGCCCGACUUUGCUCCAACUCGUACUACUCCAGCUUCUGCUGUGCCAGCUGCACCAGGCAAGCGCAGAGGAAACGCAGGCUCGCCCGUCUAGGAUGAAGAUACACAGUUUUUUUUUGUUUUUUUUAAAUAACCGCGAGGGGACAACGGAGGCCUCGUGCUCGAGACGUUGGAGCUGAAGCUUCCAACGAUAAACUUUGGCCAAAAGUCUUCAGAAGUGCUGCGUAAAGCUGGUAGAUGUUACUGGAUGUGUGAAUGUGGCGUUCACAGGGUGGAGGUUUCCUUGUUCCUCCACCCUCACGUCUUUAAAAUAAGUUAUUUUCUCUUUGUACGUGUACUUUUCUUUAUUGUACUUGAACGUCAUUGGAAGGAUUCAACACUUAAAUCCAGUGAAAUUAAACUGUAUUGACCUCAGCUCUGUUUUUGAUUAAUAUGUUUGGCAUCCCACUGAUAAAAACACUUGUAUUUUCUCUUUGUUAUGUUUAUUUCUAUGUAAUUAUUUGAUAUUAAAAAAUAUAUUUUGAUAAA